AGUUUUUGUUUCUGUAGAUAAAAGCCUAGGAGUACAGUUUCUGUGUUUUAUGGUAUUUGCACGUUUGGUUUUAAAGACUGCCGAGCUGUUUCCAGAGGGGCUAUACAAUGGUUUGUUAAUCUUUGUUCUUUUAAUGGCUUAACAAUCAAGGGAAAGGAAAGACUUCUGCAGGACCUUGGGAGACAAUGCCCAUGGCGGGGGGAGGCGGCUGGUGGGGAAGGCGAGAGUGAAGGGAGCCCCUCCCAGGGCCUCCGGAAACCUAGCAGUACUGGGAACUCCGCUACAUCGGGCCUUCCCAGCCCCACAUUCUCCUUGCUGCCCAAAGCAGUGGCAAGACACCAAGAGUAUUUCUACUGCACUAAUUUUUAUAGUGUUAGGCUAGUGGUUUAAUUUGCUAUCUUAAUUUAAAUCCUUAUUUUAAGUUCUAAGAUUAGUUUAACUGAAGGGCAUGGGCCCAACUCCUCUGCAGGAGCUCCCAGCUUGGUGGUCAGCGCCUCCUGAUGGGGCCAUGGCCCCAGGGCUUUGGCUUUGUCCUCUUCAUUGAGUCGCACCUGUGUGUAGUGAGUGGGCAAGUGUGAGUGUGAGUGCAUGCUGGGAGCUGGGCUUGGCCUGGGGGGAGGGCACGGAGCCGAGGCUGCGCAGCCAGGAAUCUGCACCCAGACUACCAAGAGGAAGGAAGUAGCAGCGAAAAUAAAUUGGGUGGGGUGGCAGAAAAGAUCAAGGGGAAAGUGAGGUGGUAGGUGUGGGAGUGAGAAGAGCUGCUGAGAGAAGUGCAGGCAGGUAGGUGGACAGAAUCUGUGCAGGUGAAACCUCACACCCAGAAAGCCAGGCUGCUGUGGGCGCCACAGUUGAGGGGAGCCGGCCGCCAGCAAGUAGAGGUCCGGGGCUGAUGACGCAGAGCAUUCAGCUUAACAAAGAUAUGACGCUUGCCAGCAACCGGAGCCUGGCAGAAGGGAACCUUUUGUACCAGCCCCAGCUGGACACGCUGAAAGCGCGUUUGACCCAAAAGUACCAGGAGCUCCAGGUUCUGUUUGAAGUCUAUCAGAUAAAGAAGACCAAAUUAGAUAAACAGUCCAGCAGCGCAUCCUUGGAGACCCUGUUAGCACUUCUCCAGGCAGAAGGGGCCAAGAUUGAGGAAGACACCGAGAACAUGGCAGAGAAGUUUCUCGAUGGAGAGCUUCCUCUAGACUCCUUCAUCGAUGUCUAUCAGAGCAAGCGGAAACUGGCCCACAUGCGCAGAGUUAAGAUCGAGAAGCUCCAGGAGAUGGUGCUGAAAGGACAGAGACUUCCACAGGCCCUGGUCCCACUGACACCCAGGGUUUCUGAGCCUGUGCCCGCUCUCCCCUUGCCCUAUCCCACCUCAGAGGCCAGUGGGCCCCCAUCUGUUGUGCCACGGCGCAUACCCCCACCACCACCCCCAGUGCCUGCAGGACGUUUAGCCACACCGUUCACCGCUGCCAUGGGCACAGGACAGGCCUUUCCGUACCCAGGGUCACAGUACCCUCCCCUGCCACCUCGCGUGGGCAUCCCCCCACAGCAAGGAUUCUCCGCACAGUUUGUAUCUCCAUACCCGCCCGCUCUCCCCCAGAGACCCCCGCCCCGGCUGCCUCCACACCAGCCAGGCUUCAUCCUCCAGUGAGCGGCUCAUCCUUCCUGGGAGACCCCUUCUGCCUGCUGGCCGGGGUUCCACACGCCUUGGAGACUGCCAGGCCUGGCUGCUUUGCCAGCACCUCCAUCUGAUUCUAGGACUGUAGAUCAGUGGUAAGUAGACGUAGACCCCAGCUCUGGACACCUCAGUGGUGUGUGUGUGCUCAGCCUCAGUGUGGCAGCUCCAUGGUUGUGCUGGUGUGAGCUCUCGGCAUGGUUUUUAAGUCUUACAGCGUUGAUGGACUCAUGAGUUUGGGGGAAAAGCCUCCCCCUAAUCCCACUUAGAAUGGGGUCCUCCCACUGCAGCUUUAUUUGAUAAGCACGGUUGAUCAUUUCUGCUUUGUUUUCAAGAGACAUUGUCUGUGUCCCAGCCCACCACAGUCCCUGGUCGGGUCACUCAGGUGGGCCAGCCCAGAAGGUGCUCACUCAGUCUGUGGGAUGGGGUGGCCUUCAGUCCCCCCACCUUCCCCAAUUCUGGAUGCUUCAAAGCCACACGUGGAGUUUGGACUUGGCCCACCGCCACGUCCAGAGGCCGGGCGAGUUGCCGCUGGGCCUUGGGAGGGCGGUGACGGUGUGAUUGGACUUCGCUCAGCGAGCGGUCACAGCUGCUCCUCCUCCUCUUGCCUAAGGGUUUCUAUGAAGAAAAACUCCCCCAAUAUUUUUACUACGUCUGUAACAUUCCUGUUUUAUAUUGGGAAAAGAAAACUUUUUUGACACAAGACCAUUCAGGGAAACUUUAUUAAAAAAAAGUGCACAUAGUGUUUUGAGCAGAUUGAAAUGCAGAUGAAAUGAAUGCAAGUUUCUUUCCUGCAAGCAGUGUCUGGUCACACCUGCUCACACCCGUGGGUGCCUGUGCUGUGCCUUAGCUUCACCUGGUGCCAGUGGGGUGCUGGCCACGGCUCCCUACCUGCCCACAGGCUGGCAGGCUGCAGGGCGGCUGUCGCCAGCAACUGCUGCCCCUGGUGGCUCUCAGUUCCUGGAGGAGCUUGUCCUGUCCUUGGUCAUUGAUGUGUUGAAAGUGGAAGAAAAGUCUGCCUACCUUGGACCAGUUAACUCUUAGCUAGUAGUCUCUGCCUCUGCCUGGCUGGGCCCUGGGGCAUGGGUGGGAAAGACAGACUCUUUUCAGCUGGGUUUGGAGAAAACCUCCCCCUCUGGGGACCAGGGAAGGUGCCAACAAACCGGGGUGCUCUGGCAACAGCCCCAGGUUCUGCCUGCCCCUCUGGGCUCUCAUCUCCAUGUGCACCUGGCUGCAUGCCAGGGCCCGGGUGGGGGCAGGGUGUUGCCACUCCCAUCCCACGACAGCAAAGCCCCAUGGCUCUCCCAGGUGACAGAACCAAGGCCGAGCUCAAACAGGGUCAGUCACAGCAGGCCACGGUGAGGCCACCAAUCUUUGUAUUACCCUACAGUUCUGUUCCUGACUUGAACUCUAUGGUAUCAUAAUUGUUUUUAAGAACAGAAGCUGUAUAGGAUGAUUUACUGCCAUGCCAAUCAGGUAGGCGUGCCAUGUCCUGUGAAUCUUGAGCACGUGGUGCCACCCACCCCAAUACCUCUGUCACCCCGCUGUUGGGGGAUGCCCGCAGCCUGCACGGUGCACAGCCAAAUGUGGGCUUGGUGUUGAUGUGAAGGGGCCACUGGGCUAGCCACACAUCUCUCCAGGGCCACGCCUGAGCUGUGGUUGUGAAGGUGUAGGACCCUUUUUAAUAAAUAGAGAAUUAUUAA